AUGAGUAACAAACAGACUCUGGCGACUUGUAUUGCCAAGAUGUAUGAUGGUGGGAGAUUGGACAACACAGGAGCGUCCUCUGGGGCAGUCAAGAAACCUAGUAAUUCUCUACUAAAUAGCUUUAGCAGCGUGGAGACGAAACUGAACUUGUUGGAAGGAAGGGUUGAACAAAUAGCUUGUACCCAGACUGAAAUACUGCAAAGGCUGGACAUGGUUUGCCGAGGCUUGGGGACGCUGGAGAAAGACUUUGGUCAAUUUAGACAGAGUCUUCAGACGUCUAAUACUCAGGGUACAAAUCAGAGAGAGGGCGACGAUCCAGCACUGCUAUCAGAGGUCAGGGUCCUCUGUGGGGAGACGCUGGUUCUGCUUAAGGGCCUUAAACAGGAUGGGCAGAAACAGAGGGAGAAAAUCGAAAACAUUGAGAGCUCUGUGUCAACUCUAGAUAAAGUCUUGGGAUAUGUGGCGGAGGCUUUCCGUAAUUCGAAGAUUGUCGAAUUCAUUUUAAACGGCAUAGUACCUUGGAGGAGGCAAGGCCUGCUGGACAAUGUUGAAGAGGAGAAAAAUAAACCAGAUGGCAAUGAUGCAAAGCUCAAAGUGGAUGUUUGUCAUCGUGAAAUGCAAGUUCCAGAGGAUGCCAACAAAACAUUUACAGACAAACCCCAGGCACAGGAGAAGAAGGUUCCAGAAGCUUCUGAUGCACCUUCAGGCCUGUCCCAAACAGAGCUAGGUUAUUCUGAUCCACCAUGCCCCGUCAGUGGAGGUGAGGGAACUGGCAAAGUCCAGCGGAAGGCUAAAGAGGUCACCCUAAAGAGCCGAGAGCCCACUAGGGUCCAGACCUUUGCCCCCAAAGCUGAGGGCGAGGCUGGGACUGCAGAGGUGCAUGAUGGUAUGAAGUUAGAACAUCAAAGCAUAGCUGUGCAAGCAGUUGAGGAAGAGGCUGUUACUAUGACAACAGAUGUGGAGGAAGCAACAAUUUCUGAGCCUGAGAGAGUUAAUGGAGAUAGAGAAGCAGCAGGCUCUCAGCACAAUUUCCUAGAACAUGAUGAGCAGGAGAAGAAGGAAGAAGAAACAGAUAAGCCGGAGCUUCCUUCCGAGGAAAACCUAAACAAAAAAGAGGAACUGAAGGAGGACAUGCUUCUACAGAAAACAGUUUCUGUGGAAACUUCCAUGGCAACAGCCCAGUCAGAGCAGGUUGGGGAUGAAUCAGACUCUCAAUUAAGCCCCCAGAACAUCAAAUUCGAAUCUGUGGACACAACUCAGGAAACCCCACAGAGCAGCUCUGACAGUGUCAAAGACAGCGCAGCCCUAAAUCCCAUGUCAUCCACCUCUAUGACGCCAAACUUAACUGCUGCUGCUCUGAGCAAAAUGCCUGAUGUACAGCUGCUUAUCAUUGAUGAUUGUCCACCUCAGCCUGCUCCCUUUGAGCAUCGUAUUGUGAGUGCCAAACAGGUCCCCAUGGGCUCCUAUUAUACUGUCAAACCCAAUGAGCUUCUAGGCGGAGGGCGAUUUGGUCAAGUCCAUAAAUGUGCAGAAUUAUCCUCUGGUCUUACACUGGCAGCCAAAAUCAUUAAAGUAAAAGGACUAAAAGAGAGGGAGGAGGUGAAGAAUGAGAUUGGGGUGAUGAACCAGCUAAAUCACGUGAAUCUGAUUCAGCUGUACGAUGCUUUUGAGUCUCGGACGAAUCUUACCCUCAUCAUGGAGUACGUGGAGGGCGGUGAGUUGUUUGACCGCAUCGUUGAUGACAACUUCCAGCUGACCGAGCUAGAUGCCAUCGUCUUUACACGACAGAUCUGUGAGGGGGUUCAGUACCUCCACCAGCAGUACAUUCUCCAUUUAGACCUGAAGCCUGAGAAUAUCCUCUGUGUCAAUAGCACAGGGAACCAGAUCAAGAUCAUUGAUUUUGGACUUGCUAGAAAGUACAGACCCAGGGAGAAACUUAAGGUCAAUUUCGGGACCCCAGAAUUUCUGGCACCUGAAGUGGUCAACUAUGACUUUGUGUCAUUUCCUACAGACAUGUGGAGUGUAGGAGUCAUCACCUAUAUGCUUCUGAGUGGGCUUUCUCCAUUCCUGGGUGACAGUGACACAGAGACUAUGAACAACAUUAUUCAUGGAAACUGGGACUUUGAUGCUGAGUCAUUUGAGAACGUAUCAGAGGAGGCCAAAGACUUCAUCUCCAGACUGCUCAUCCCUGCCAAAUGCAGUCGACUGAGUGCAUCUGGAUGUAUGAAACACAGUUGGCUGAACAACCUGGAGGAGAAAGCUAAGAGGCAAAAGGUACGGCUUAAGUCCCAAUUACGGCUGCAGCGUUAUCUGGCUGCCCACCGGCAAUGGAAGAAACAUUUCAAUGUAGUUGCUGCAGCAAACAGGCUGAAGAGGUUUCAGAAGAACAGAUCGAUCAGCAUGGCAUAG